CAUGCCUCUGUCGACAUGAGGGUUUGUGUCUGCUUAUUUUUGUUCGCCCUGUUCUCACAACGAGUGUCCUGUGUCCCUUCUAACCCCGUGUAUCCCGUGACCGCUGCUUUGUUCGAGAAUAGGUUUUCUCUAGGUGAAUGGAACGACACGAUUGACCAAUUCAAGGAAAUAGGCGGGGAUACUCUAUGGAAUGAAGCGCCACCUCUGGUCCGCCGAUUACUCAAAGACUUGCAAAAUGACCCCGGAUUCAAAAAUUGUGUGGAUAACGGGACAGACUGCUUUACGCAUGCGCAGCAGGAGCUUUCGGAUAAAGGUCUGAAGAUUCUGACCUUUGCCAGUUAUCAGAAUGCAGAAGCGUACGGUGACGCAGUUUUGCGUUGUCCACAGUAUGACAGAAAGAUAACAACCAAAACCGUUACGUUCUACCGAAUUGUAUUGCUGGCAGAGAAAUCUAGUUCCCUGUGUAACGUAUAUAAAGGGCAAAAUGUAGUGGUCCUGUUCACUUCUUCGUCGGGUCCCGAUCCACAUGGACUUCUGCUUGAAAGUGCGUUUGCAAGAAAUGUUUCUGUGUACCUUGGAAUGCCGAGGGUCCCCAGGUCAUCUGACCAAAAGAUGGAUGUUCAGCUUCGCAUUGCAUAUUAUGCAUGGAUAGAAAGAGUUCUGCUUGACCACAAGAACAGGUAUACCAGCUACCGCUUCCAAGAUUUCUCCACCAUCGGAGGAAUAAGACCCAAAACGAAAAAGUUUCUGUAUGAUGCCGUAGAAGGAUACUAUAUUUUUGAUGCCACUAACCUUGGAAACCCGAACGAAUCAGUAAAUCUUCUAAGUGCUUACUCUGCGUUGUCAGGAAUGUCCAAAUCACUCGUCAACAAAAAGACGGCAAUCUCUCCUUCUGUUGACUUGACCACAUUUGGUUCUAACCAAACCAUUGAAGACCACGUAAAAGGUCUGCAAGUUCUUGCCAAAACAGGGGUGGAUGUAAUUGCUGUUAACGAAAGCCGUGGGUAUGGGAGAUCUGCAUACUACUGGCCAACACAGGAAAACCUCCCCGUGUCACAGAUUGAUCCCACGCUUGAUAAAAUCCUCCAUCGAAUAAAUCCGAACUGGAAGGUCAAUGGGACGUUCAGAGAUGGGUUCACGGGUAGUGUUCAUGAGUUGUUUCGAGCACUGGGAAAUGAGACGUCUUUCCUUCCUCAAAAUUCCUCGUCUAAGUUUGAGUUGUGGCUUGGUAUUAACGCCUUUGACGAUCUGGAUGACGACCCGUGUGUCUCUGCUGGGAAGGUUGGAGGGGCGAUGGACACAGUCAGCAAAAAGAGGAUUGAUCUCGCCCUAGCGCAUGGAGGAUUCACGGUACACAAAGUAGUGGGCUUCUCUUGGGAUCCUUUCUUCACGUGUACGACCAAACGAUCCAAAACCACUCUGUUUGACGCCAUUCUGAAUGAUUACGGCCGUCCAAUGAUGCUAGACUGUCGCUUCCACUCUUCAGCAAACCGGUCUGUUGUUAUUCUCGGGAUAAACCUUCUUGCUCUACAGCAGGGGUUUACGAUUGAUUGGCCAGACAGAGACGGUAAACGCCAUACCUCUGACGUAUACGGCUACUAUUUUGAGACGGAUUACGGAUUGGAGCACGGUUUGAUUCCCUCCAUUAUAUACACCCAGACCUACGACGCAUACAACGUCUUUGACCUCGCUGAUAAAGGUCACGUUGGCGUAAAGGCUGGAGGGGCAUUCAACAACUGUAUUUUUGAAUUUGAUUUUACGGAAGACCUUGAGGAUAAUAAAAGGAACUGAAAAAAUAACUGCCGUAAUUAUGUUAAUCCGGGAUACAUGUAAACAAUAAAAUGAUUUAUUAGUCCACAGUUGGUAACACUUACUAUACAUAAACAUUGUAAUGGUCAUGGCAGAAAAAAAUACAUAACCUGCAAAAAUGGCAACAGUCCCAUCUUUUUGAACCAUCAAAUAA